AUAGAUUGCUGGAGGCCCCAUACUGGACGUUCUGACGUCGUCGAGCAUCUGACCAAGUUACCUAUUCUAACGACUUUAAAGUUGGAUCUUAACAUGCUGUACUCAGCACAAUAGAGAUAUGUUGAAGUAGACUUACAUGCCAUUAUGUACCGAAACGUUAGACACAAAUCAGUUAAACAGAAGGUACCCGAAGACAGGAAAAGAAAAAAAGUGAAAGAUUCGUCGAAAUCAUUCAUUAAAAAUUUGAGCGAAGAACUUGGAACAUCUGAAAAAUGGCAAGAACUCGGACUAAGAAUUGGUUUUACCCAGUCUCAAAUGACCCAAAUAGAGACGAGCUACAGCGACGAUCAAUCGUUCUGUGCCCAAGUUAUGUUGAAAGACUGGCACAAUAUUGCCAAAGAGUUCCUAGAACAACCAGAGGCACAUAUACGUGAAAUCUUGAGACGAAUACCAAAGGACUCGCACGCAGCAUGUCAUCAACCAAAACUAGACGUUGAUCAAGGCAGCUAUCUCUGUGACGCAAUGAUACGAGCUAUUCAGGCCAUAUCAUUUGGUCCAACAACAGAAAAAUCGGUAACCCAUGCAGCUUAUAACAUUACCAACUGUAGCAAUGUGAUGAUCGGAACUGGAAAUACUAUGAUCACGGAGGGUUCUGACACUGACACUACACCUACAGAAUCACCAUCACCGAAAGAUCCAGAAGAAACGAUUGUACGAAGUUUGGAAACGAUUAUUGAGCGGCGUCCGGGUAAAUCAAACAAACUAAACUUACAAAAACUCGAAUCUGAGUUCCAAGACAUAUUAGUUGCUCAAAAUAUUGAUAAGCCAACGUUUCAGAGUUUUACAGGAAAAACACUUAUCAAGUUUCUGAAAGAACACAAAGACAGGUUUGAGCUAAAUCUUGUCGGAAGUCAGUACUCUGUAAAAUCCAUUACUAAACCAGCCAUGCCCAAAGUCAUUCCGAUAAAAACUCCGCAAUCUACUCCUACUGAAAGUACCCCUACCCCGAAUGUUUGCAUUGAAUCAGAUUCGGACGACGGUGAUAUGGUGGAUACAGAAAACAAAGUUGUUGAAUCCAAAACUAUCGUAACUGAUGUUGGAUGCAGCAAGGUGAAAUCAUAUGCUGCGGCAGUAGCUAUCAGUGAUAAAACCCCGACUCCGGCAACUAUGUCGAGGCAGACUCCGAAAAAUUCUUCGAAUAUGUCGGGUGCCAGCAACCCCGAUGACAUGAAAGAUGUUCACUCCGACCCAAGAGACCUUAUUGAAUUCGUCAAAAAUUUUGCUGGGGGGCAUUACGUACUAUUUGUGUGUUUCAGAGAAAAAAUGAAAUAUCUAGAUUGCCUUGGACUUGUACCCUGGCUCGCGGUGUUCGACUUUGACGAAGAAAGUCGUAGUACCGGAUUACUCACUGUCUUGGAGGAACGUGUCAAGAAGAGGCGGGCACUGUACACAUGUACGUGGAAGGACUCGGCGAAAUUCUCCGAUUACUGUACAGAAUGGUGCAUGAUCAGAGGAUCCGUUCAAGAAGCGGGCAGUAAAACGCCACGGGACAGUAGAGAAUGGUUCCGGACAGUAAAGGCCAAUUUAGACCAGCAUUUCAAGGCAAUGGCCGUAUUUACAGAAACAUAUACAACUGUAAAAUGCAUAAUUGUCCUCCCCGAAGACGAAGAAACAUUGCAAUGCAUGCAUAAAGCGAUGUUGAAGCUGGAGGAACAUAUUGAACCUGCCCCAACAGUCAUUGUAUGUGAUCCGCAAAUGAUCACUCGUGUCUCAACGCCAUGGAUCUACAAAGCCAUGCACGUCGAUUUCAAACUGCGGUGUAAUUUUCAGGAGUUUUGUAAAGCCCUAUCACAUACUUCUCUUGUCGACGAUCUGAAACAGAUGAAGACAAUCUAUCGACUUCCAACAUCUGACGACACAAACAAUCCAGGUUUCGAUGAAUCGUUUGUCUCAAGUCUUCGGGAGAAUUUGGAAGUACUUUAUCUUGAUUAUCCGCGUUCUCGGCCAGUCGAUUUGGACGAGUUGAAGGAGGAAGGAGACAAAUUCCUCAAAGGAGGAACUCUUCGUUGGUUUGCAUAUUAUGAGUGCAAUGCUGGCCAUUUCGAUGCAGAACGAGACAUCAUGGAGUCUAUAGUUAAAAGGGUAAAGGAAAAAUUUCUUGAACCCUUUAGAUCUGGAGUCAUAAAACUGUACCAUGCCCCUGGCUCUGGAGGAACAACACUUAUGCAACGAGUCCUCUGGGAGUUGCGGAAAUUAUCUCCGUGUGCUCAGGUAAAAAUUCAUCCUACAAUAUCAGUUCAAGAUCUGGCACACGACUUAGAAUCACUCUUCGAAAAGACCCAUCUUCCGCUUGUGUUGUUGAUAGACGGGGGAGAAGACAAACUUUCCAAGCAGCUGUCUAAGUUGCUGGGACACGUUAGCAUCGUCAUCUUGCAAGUAAAGCGAUACCCUCAUCACAUUAGUAUGACUGAACAUCCAAAUAACAAGUUCUUUUUGAAAGGACAAGUAUCUGAAAAAGAAGCAUCAGGGAUUAGCAUGAAGUUUAUGGAAAAAUGUGACAACGAUGCAAAGAAAGAUUCUUUACAGCAGCUUGUCGAAGAUGUCCAUCAAGGUAAUCAUCAUUCGGUGUAUGAAUUCGGACUGACAACAUUUCUUGAAGAGUACCAUGGCAUUGCUUCUUACGUAAGAGGUUAUCUUCAGCUGGAGUCCAACCCAACUAAAAACCUUGAACCAUGGCAGGAAAUACUUGGAUUUCUCUCAAUGGCCUAUUACUAUGGGCAGACAUCGAUGCCAUGCCAAUACUUUGCCGCUAUGCUGGGGAAGCAGCCAAACUACGAUGUUGAUCUAUCAGACUUCCCACAUUUUGUGCAAGAGUUGGUUGUCCCUUGCGAAGGGAGAAAGAACAAUAUAAGAAUAUGUCAUUAUAUCAUAGCAAAAGGAAUUCUUGAUCAGAUUCUGACAUGGCCACAAACGUAUGAUGAACCUACCACAGAAAUUGGGCUCAGUAUACAUGCGAAGUCAAAGUUGGUUAAUUUUGCCAAUAGAUUCAUAGAAGAGAGUAAGAAGAAAACUGGAAGGACCAGUACCAGGACAAAUACUGUCAUUGAAACGUUGUCUAGGACAUUUCUCCAUCGCGAUUACAAAGAUGUGGGUGAAGGAGAAAUAUCUAUGAGGAAGAGGACCUUCUCCACCUUGUUAGAGGACAUACCAUGCAAACCACCGUACACUGAGCGAAUCAAAGUUAUUCAAAAGCUGGUGAAUGCUUUCCCAGAAAAUCCAAACUUUCGUGCACAUCUCGGUCGCAUAUACACGAUUUGUCAGCCUGAUGAAGAGGAAAUUGCAAGACAGUGCUUCGAAAAAGCACUGGAACUAUGUCAGAAAGAAACAAAAGGGAAACAGAUUGACGACAUCAAUGAAGGUAUGAAAAUCACACUGAUGCAUAUAUACCAUAUGUAUGGUAUGCACUACCUUAGAUGCGUAGACAGGUUUACUGGUCGAUUUGGUGAGAAACCCGUGAAGAAAACCUCGAAAGAUCAGUAUCCAAGUCGGAUCGAAUACAUCAUAACGAUGGCUACCUGUGCAUGCGGACAUUUCACGAAACGACGAGAGAUCACGCCCACUGGGAGUGAAGAAGGAUAUGGAUAUAUUGGCGAAAUAACAGUUCGUUUGCUGGUAUGCAAUUUUAUUGCUAAGAACUUUCCAAAAGGCACAUCAAACUUCGGAGAAUAUUUGCAGAUGGCCGAAGGAACAUCUCCAGGUCAGUUUGUGAUCGAAAGUAUCACAGAAAUAGCGGAACUUUUCAUGGAAUGCUACAGCGCUGUAGAUGGUAGCGAGCUUGAUCAAGAAUACUUCAGAAAUAUAAACAUGUACAACACCCUAUUCAACAAUCAUAUACCAACGCUGGGAUACAUUUCAAAACCAGAGGACAUAUCAGCCAGAUGCUUCAGGGCAGCAGCAAUCAAACUGAAGUAUGGGAAAGACGACAACCUUGGGGUGCUUCAAAAGAUAACCAGCAAAGUCGAUAUAGAAGAACUUGUCAAAAUUUAUGAAGACUGCUUCGAAGAAAUCUUGAGUGCAGGAAUCAUCGACAAACGGCGUGUAUUAGAAAUGUGUUACAAGGAAUGGAUUCACGCGAUACGACAUGGCCUCUUCCCCCAGAACUACAAACAAGAUGACGUACUUUUGAAGAUACGACAAUGGAACAGAUUCUUGCAAAGUCCUAUGUCGAAGUUUUAUCUCUUCUGUACAUUGAGUAUUAUUGGGAUCGGUACCGAUGGUACCAGAGGAAACGUAGAUCACCUGCAAGAGGCUAUAGAAAUAAGGGAAGAACUACAGAAAAUGUACUUUCCCAAGCCUCGACUGCCAAGAGAAUGGCUGGGAAAGGGUGAUGGAAUCAAAGCCUUGGUACCAGUAAGCGGAUUCCUUGGACAGAUCGAGGAACGUAAUGUCAAGGGUGAAUCAAACAUGUCGCGGCUUGCUUUUCUUAAAGGUACCAUUUGUAGACCAAAUAGACUGAGACAAACUGGGUUCAUUGACCUUGACCUUGGAGAAAACCUUUGCAAAUUGAAGGUGUUUUUCGUUCCUAUUCGGACUGAAGGAAAGCUGUUUGGGCAGUCAUACGCUGGGGAACGGGUGGAGUUUACUCUCACAUUCACAACGACCAACGGAUAUGAAGCUUACAACGUCUCUCUUUUGAAGAAGAUUCUGUGUACAGAUUGUGACAGUUACUUGGAAAUCAAAAGCGACGAGGUCUUCACGACCUACAGUAUAUGUCAUUUUAAUACUUUGUAA